AUGUCGGACCGAGAGAGAAGUCGCUCAAGAACACGCAACGGUUCUCGUGAGCCCGCACCGAAACCACCAACGAUGUCUCGCGGGCAUAGUCGAAGCCGGUCUAGGACGCCGCCUCCACCAAAAGCAUCCAGCAGGAAGUACAGAAGCCCGUCACGCUCGCGUUCUGGCUCACCGCGGCGUGGAUAUCGUUCGCGAUACUCGCACAGUCGCUCACGUUCUUACUCACCACGUGGUUCUUAUCGCCGCUCGCACUCGCACAGUCCUAUGUCCUCCAGGCGCCGCCAUCUUGGAGACAGGGAAAACCCAACACCAUCGCGUUGCCUUGGAGUUUUUGGUCUGAGUCUUUACACUACUGAACAACAGAUUAACCAAAUUUUCUCGAAAUAUGGUCCAGUGGAGAAAGUGCAAAUUGUAAUAGAUGCAAAGACGGGACGCUCCCGAGGCUUCUGCUUCGUGUAUUUCGAGCGCCAAGAUGACGCGAAAGUGGCAAAGAACGAAUGCUCAGGCAUGGAAAUAGAUGGGCGGCGCAUACGAGUCGACUUUUCCAUCACUCAGCGAGCUCACACGCCUACACCCGGCAUCUACAUGGGCAAACCUACGAGCAUGAGCAGCAGGGGUGACAAUGGGUAUGACAGACGCAGAGACAGAGACGACUACUACUACCGCGGCGGCGGCUACCGCGAGCGCGAGCGCGAGCGCGAGUACUACCAGCGCGGCUACCGGCACCGCUCGCCCUCGCCGCACUACCGCCGCCGCCGCUACGAGCGCGAGCGCUCCUACUCGCCGCGUAUUGAAACAAGAAGUAAAGGAUGA